AUGGCCGUUGGAAAAGACUGGGAGAUUGUACAGGAGAAGGCUUUCACUGCUUGGGUCAACUCAGUGUUGGACAAACGUGGAGAUAAGAUUGCUGAUGUGUCCAAGGAUUUGAGCGAUGGUGUAAAGUUGAUCUUCUUCCUCGAGAUGAUCUCUGGAAAGAAGUUGGGCAAGAAGUUCGACCUUGACCCCAAGGCCAGAAUCCACAUGAUCCAAAACCUCGCCCUUGCCAUCGCCUUUGUAGACAAUGACCUAAAGAUCAAAGUACCAGGUGUUGGAGCUGAAGGUAUGUUGAUCAA